AUGAUUGCAGAACUGGUUUGCAGCGUCGUGGCUCUGGUUCUCUAUGUCAACACACUGGGCGCCGAUUUCUGCUACGAUGACAGCCGUGCAAUCAAGACCAACCAGGACCUGCUUCCAGAGACUCCCUGGACCAACAUCUUCUACGAUGACUUUUGGGGCACCCUGCUUACGCACAGCGGCAGCCAUAAGUCUUACCGCCCCCUCUGCACUCUGUCCUUCCGCUUCAACCAUGCGUUGGGUGGGGUGGAGCCUUGGGGUUACCACCUAGUUAAUGUGGCCUUCCACGGUGCUGUGACGGGCCUCUUUACCUCCCUGGCCCGCUUGCUGCUGGGCGGCGGGUUGUGGAGCCUGCUGGCAGGCCUGCUUUUCGCCUCACAUCCCAUCCACACUGAGGCAGUGGCGGGCGUUGUGGGCCGGGCCGAUUUAGGUGCUGCCCUGUUCUUCUUGCUUUCCCUGAUGUGUUAUAUACGUCACUGUCGACUGCGGGGCCACGCGGGGCCCUGCCAGCUUGGGGCCUGGUUCCUUGUCAGCCUGGGCUGCGCUGCCUGCAGCAUGCUAUGGAAGGAGCAGGGGGUGACGGUCCUGGCCAUGUCGGCGCUGUAUGAUGUCUGCGUUUUCCACCGCCUCAAACUGCGGCAGGUCGUCGUGCUCCUCUGGAAGGUCGACAAUGAGAGCUUCAGUGUAAACGGUGGUUGCUAA